AUGGAAGAGAUCUAUGGACACUCUCUUUAUCGCAAGUUUGAUAUCACUGUUAAAUUGGAUAUUAUUAGACGCCAGAAUAAUACUGAUCCAGAUUCUGCAAGAUUCAAAGAGACAUUGGAACAUCUCCGCGAGGACAAACUUCAGCUAGCGGACUGGGAACUGCUUUGUACUCGCGUCAAAGCUGUUAUCCCUCAUGAGGCUAAGUCCUUCAAGGAUGCACUUCAAAUCUAUAAUAAAAAGUCUCAGGUUUACAAAUUCAAUCACAACCGCUUAUCAACUCACCAGAGUCUUAAUACAAAGAAGACAUCCAGCGAUGAAGCCAGCAAUUUACACGCCUAG